UGAGACCACACACCCCUGUUAAAUACAUCAGCUUUUAAAUCAAUCUCUGUUCAAAGUCCAGUGAGUUCCAAGACUUGUGCUGUCCACAGAGAGAGUUCCUCAGUGAUAGGAGCAGGUCCUUCUCUUCCCAGAAAUGGCAACCACUUUCAACCCCCGAGAAUGUAAGCUGUCCAAACAAGAAGGACAAAGUUAUGGCUUCUUCCUCCGCAUUGAGAAGGACACUGCCGGUCACCUGGUCCGGGUGGUGGAGCAGGGGAGUCCAGCAGAGAAGGCUGGGCUCCUGGAUGGGGACCGGGUCCUCAGGGUCAAUGGCAUCUUCGUGGAUAAGGAAGAACACAUGCAGGUUGUAGACCUUGUCCGAAAGAGUGGGAAUUCAGUGAAUUUACUAGUUCUGGAUGGUGGUUCUUAUGAAAAAGCCAUCAAAAAGCAGGUGGACCUGAGAGAGCUGAGUGGCAGCCAGAAGGAGCUGGAAUUGAACGACAGGAAAAUGGCUGCUGCGAUGAAUGGAGGGGCACAAGCCUGGACCCAGCCGCGGCUCUGCUACCUGGUGAAGGAUGGAAACAGCUAUGGCUUCUCUCUGAAAACCGUGCAAGGUAAAGCGGGGAUCUGCAUGACGGACAUCACCCCUCAUGGGGUGGCGAUGAAGGCGGGAGUCCUGGCUGAUGACCACCUGAUCGAAGUGAAUGGAGAGAACGUAGAGAAUGCCAGCCAUGAGGAAGUGGUGGAGAAGGUGAAGAAGGCUGGAAGCCACAUCGCCUUCUUGCUCGUGGACCAAGACACAUACAAGCGCCAUAGUGACCAGAAGAUGCCGUUCCACAGGGACUCAGCCAGCUUGGAGCUGCUGCCCCGGAAGCCACGCGUGGUGGAGAUGAAGAGAGGGAGCGAUGGCUUCGGCUUCUACCUGAGGGCUGGCCCCGAACACAAAGGUCAAAUCAUCAAGGACGUAGAUUCUGGAAGUCCAGCAGAGGCCGCCGGCUUGAAGAAAAAUGACCUGCUGGUCGCUGUGAAUGGCCAGUGCGUGGAAAGCCUGGAUCACGACAGUGUGGUGGAGAUGAUUAGAAAGGGCGGCGAGCAGACCUCACUGCUGGUGGUGGACAAGGACACAGACAGCAUGUACAGACUGGCCCGAUUUUCUCCAUUUCUCUACUACAAAAGUCAAGAGCUGCCUAAUGGCUCCGCCACCCAGGCCCCAGCUUCAGCCUCUGCUCCUCUGAAUACAUCAAGUCCUAUUAUGAUGGAGGAAGGCGAUCCUAAGCCGAAACUCUGCAGGCUGGUUAAAGGGGACAAUGGCUAUGGCUUUCACCUCAAUGCAAUCCGGGGUGUGCCUGGCUCCUUCAUCAAAGAGGUACAGAGCGGGGGCCCUGCGGCCACGGCGGGGCUGGAGGAUGGGGACAUCAUCGUGGAGGUGGACGGGGAGAAUGUGCUGCAUGAACCCUAUGAGAAGGUGGUGGACAGGAUCCAGAGCAGUGGGAAGGACGUCACUCUCUUAGUCUGUGCGAAGAAGGCCUAUGAUUACUUCCAAGCAAGGAAGAUCCCUAUCGUCUCUUCCAUGGCUGAGCCCCUGGACACCUGGCCUGAUGUCCAGGCAGAGGCACUGGCGGAGCCGGGGCAUAGCUCGCAGGCGGUGAGAGCGCGAGCCCAGAGCACAGCCUCACAUUCGUCUUCCCAGUCUGAAGAUACAGAGCUGUAAGGAGACCAAGCAAUGGCUCUGGCUGCUGCGGAUCCCGUGAAAGACCCAGAAAUUGCUUUCUCAGGAAACAAGCCUCCAACUGGCUCACUGUCCACCAAGAGAGCCUGGAGCCAUUACCAGUGAUUGUCCUCUGCUGGCCU